GAUUAUUUUAUUUUAUUUUAAAAAAAAAACACAGUAUAAAUAAAACCCUAAACCCUGUUUUCCACACUCCCAUAUUUCAAAAGUCAACGACUCAGAUCGAAGCGUUGAGCCCUGUGUUUCCUCUUCCCCUUCCCUGGGUUCCACUGCGCCGAUGACUUUUCUUCUCAGAAAGGGAUCAUCAUCCAUUGUAUGCGAUUUUCCUUUAAUGAACCGGGGCAGGCUUUGGUUUUCUUGGAAUAUCUUCUUCCGUCACUGGACUUGACGCUUCGGAUUAGGGCUAAUUGCUUAACUACUCUCUAUAGUUAUCGUUUCUUUCUGUUUUUUUUUUUUUGUUUUUUCGGGAUUUCGGAAGAUAAUUCUUCUUGUUGCGGACGUGCUUGUUUUCUUCUAUUCACUGCUAGUGAGGAGGAGGCGUUGGAUUUGGGUAGUGGGGUGGAGUUAAACUAUUUGGGAUUUUGAUUUUAGAUGGCCCAAAUCAAUUUCAUUCCAGGGUUUCGGUUUCAUCCCACUGAUGUUGAGCUGGUUAUGUACUUUCUGAAGAGAAAGAUAUUGGGGAAAAAAUUCCCUGUCGAUGUUAUUGCUGAACUUGACAUAUACAAGUAUGCUCCGUGGGAUCUUCCAGAUAAGUCUUUGCUGAGGAAUGGUGAUUUAGAAUGGUACUUCUUUUGCCCUCGAGGAAGGAAAUAUUCCACUGGAGGGAGGAUGAAUCGGGCAACUGAAGAUGGGUACUGGAAGACUACUGGGAAGGAUAGAUCAAUCGAACACGAGAAUCAAGUUGUGGCCAUGAUAAAAACCCUGGUGUUUCAUAGGGGCCGACCACCUAAGGGAGACCGAACUGAUUGGGUUAUGCAUGAAUUCAGACUUGAAGACAAGGACCUGACUGACAAAGGCAUUCCACAGCAGGACUCGUAUGUGAUUUGUAAGGUAUUCCAAAAGGAAGGUCCUGGUCCCAGGAAUGGUGCACAAUAUGGAAAACCAUUUAAUGAGGAAGACUGGGAUAAAGAGGAAAUAUCUGUCUCUGUUCCUGCUAUGUCUGCACAAGUUCCCAUUCAACCUAGCACAAGUCAUAUUUCUGUUGAAAAACACAUGCAUUCCUCUACAACUGGAUGCAUUGGAUUGACCUCUGUAUCAAGUCCAUCAGGACUUUCCUCUUACUUGACACAUCCUUCAGCUCCAAGUAAUCAAGUUGAUGAUGACAUUUUACGUAUGCUUGAUUAUUUCAAAGAAGAUGAUUACACAUUGCCUGUGAAUGAAAACAACGGAAUUGAGGUGAUUAAUAAUUCUGGUCAGGCAAACAAUGCUGAAGCCGCACCUUAUUUAGAUCAAAGUGGCUUUUUUGAUGAUUUAGGAGACCUUGACUGCUUGCUUGGAUGUGAUGAAGAAGGUGGUUUUUUCUGUGGCCAGAAAGAUGAAUGUCCUACAAACGAAGAUGACUUGGGGCCUUUCGACCCCCCAAACUUCUUGGAAUUGACUGACUUAGUGGCGCCAUUGUUAUGGAAGACUCAACAAAAUGGAAGUCGGAGCCAAGAUAAGAAAGCUUAGAAAUUUGAGGAAUUAUAGACACGAAAUUGAUAGAAAUAUGGACGCAAGUACCUAAUGCGGAUUACAAGUUAUAGAUUCUCUUCCAUUUUCAAUUUAAAAACUUCACCGUGGCAUGAAUUGUCUAUUUGAACAUUAUUUUCUAAAAUAAGUUAACUUGAUAGAACUGAUAAGAAUAUUUUGAGCCCAAU